AUGGUCGCGGAAACCAAAUUAUACGACUCGUUGGGCAUCAAGCCGGAUGCCUCGCAAGAUGAAAUCAAGAAGGCAUACCGGAAGAUGGCCCUGAAGCAUCAUCCAGACAAAAACAAGGACAAUCCCAGCUCGGCCGAGAAAUUUAAAGAGGUAUCGCAGGCCUACGAGAUCCUCUCGGACCCGGAGAAACGCACAACCUACGAUCAAUAUGGCCUGGAAUUCAUGAUGCGCGGUGGUCCACCACCGCCAGACCCAAGCACUGGUGGGAACCCGUACGCCGGAGCGGGAGGUAUGCCAGGCGGGUUCGAUUUUGGCGGCGCGGGCAUGCCUGGCGGAGGAGGACGGACAUUCCACUACGAGUUCAAUACUGGCGGCCCGGGUGGUGGAGGCGGUGGAUUCAGCUUCAGCAAUCCCGAGAGCAUUUUCUCAGAGUUCCUACGGGGACAAUCGGGCAUGGGCGGUGGAGCUGAUGGUUUCGAGGACUUGUUCGGUGGUGGGGGCGGCAUACCACGAUCGAGGCAAUCUGGUGGCCGAACGAGAACGGCAGGCUCAGGCGCCGAGUCUGCGAGAUAUAGAGCGCAGACACCAGAGGUCACCACUGUCGAAAGACCGCUCCCAUUGACGCUCGAGGAGCUUUUCAAGGGAACGCACAAGAAGAUGAAGAUCAAGCGGAAGGCGUUCGACGAGGUUACAGGCAAGAGAACGACGCAGGAUAAGGUUCUGGAGAUGGAUAUUAAGCCGGGAUUGAAGAAAGGGAGUAAAAUCAAGUUUAAGGGCGUAGGAGAUCAGGAGGAGGGUGGGCAGCAAGAUUUACAUUUCGUUGUUGAAGAGAAACCACACAUUCUCUUCACCCGCGACGGCGACGACAUCCACCACACUGUCGAACUCGACCUGAAGGAAGCUCUCACUGGCUGGAAGCGUACCAUAACCACCAUUGACGGAAAGCAAAUCAACCUCGACAAGGCGGGACCAACACAGCCAGGCAAGAAAGAGGAGUUCCCCAACCUAGGGAUGCCACUCAGCAAGAAGCCGGAUCAGCGAGGGAACUUCGUCAUUACGUAUAAUGUCAAGUUCCCCACUAGUCUCACGCCGGAACAGAAGAGGAAGCUGAAGGAGAUUUUGUAG